CUUAAAUUUAGCCUUAAUCCAAGGCCUAGUUGGCUAGCUAGUUGCAGCUUAACACACUCCCUCUCUCCCUAUAUAUUUGUGCCUAACUUCUCCGUCUCUUCUCAAUACUUGCAUUGCUCAAAACUCAACUGUAGAGAAGCAAUAAAAAGAACAACUUGACCUGCAUACACUAAACACUGCAAUGGAAGAAAGAAAGUUAUAUAUUCUACUGGCUUUCUUUUUUGUAGUUAUCUCCAAGGAAGCCUAUGUCGUUAGAGGUCAAACCUACAAGAUAGACCCCUUAGAUCCUGCUAGAACACAUUACAAAAUGUUGCCAAAGUCACCUUCAGGGCAUGAGCAAGCUUUCUGCCUAGCUAGAGGUGCCUGCCUUGGCAAGACUUUGGUGUGUCCAGAUCAAUGCAAAUUAAGGAAGCCUGUGAAAGCCAAGAAGCAGAAAGGAUGUUUCAUAGAUUGCAGUAGCAAAUGUGAAGUCACCUGCAAAUGGAGAAGACCGAAUUGCAAUGGAUACGGCUCUUUGUGUUAUGACCCCAGGUUUGUUGGUGGUGAUGGUGUUAUGUUUUACUUCCAUGGUGAAAAGGGAGGAAGCUUUGCUAUUGUCUCUGAUGAUAGUCUACAGAUCAAUGCACAGUUCAUCGGAACUCGACCACAAGGGAGGACUAGAGACUUCACAUGGGUGCAAGCCCUCUCUAUCAUGUUUGAUACUCACACAUUAGUCAUUGCAGCAAAAAGAGUCUCUCAAUGGAAUGAUAAAGUUGAUGCUCUUACUGUAAGGUGGGAUGGUGAGACAGUUGACAUCCCUACCGAUGGAGAGGCAGAAUGGAGGGUGAAUGGUGAAGAAAGAGAGGUUUUAGUUGAAAGAACAGAUGAUGUUAAUACUAUAAGGGUCACAGUUGCUAAGCUGGUGGAGCUAAAUAUAAAGGUAAGGCCUAUUGGGAAAGAAGAGAACAAGAUUCACAACUACCAAUUACCAGAAAAUGAUGCUUUUGCUCACUUGGAGACACAGUUCAAGUUUUUCAACCUGACAGAUCUUGUUGAAGGAGUUUUGGGCAAGACUUACAGGCCAGAUUAUGUUAGCCCUGUCAAGAUAGGAGUUCCUAUGCCAAUGAUGGGUGGAGAGGACAAGUACAAGACUCCGUCUCUCUUUUCACCUCUUUGCAUGGUUUGCAGAUUUCAAAGGCAGUACAGCUUUGAAGCUAUCUGAAUACUGAUAAAAAAGUAAAAGUAAAGAUUGAUAAACUUGGUUUCUAAAUUUAUAUAUGUGAUUUUAUGUCCUAUAAGCUUUGUUUUCGUAUUAGAUGCAUAAAUAAAGGAAAGAAAAUUUGUUGUCA